AUGUCGCACCAUCAUUUCCAUUUCCAUCGCCAAGCAUUCGAGCACGAGCAUGAGCAAGCGCAGGAUCAAAAGCAAAAGCGCAAUGCCGAAGCUGAAAAUCUGUCACAGAAAGGAGAAAAUUCAAGUCCGACUCAGACCAAUUCAACAAGUGUAUAUAAGGAUGAGAUACCGUAUAUCCAAGAUGGAGAAAAAGUAACCAACUAUAGUGGUUCAACGAAACAUAGUGAAGAUAAAGAUAAAGAUAAGAUGAGAUCCAAGAGUUUUGCUGAUUUAGCUGAAGUAUUGGGAUUCGGGAAUGGAUAUGGAAGACCGUCCAGUAGGAAUGGUAUUUUGGAAAAUCGACCUAGUUUAUAUUCUAGUUUAACGAGGAGAUCCAGUCGAACAAAACAUCGUCAAAAUCAUAAACAUUCAAUUCCAACUUGUAUAAUAAUAAGAAUCUUAUCAUUCUGUGAUGAUACAAUAUUAUCGUCAUGUCUUACAGUCUCACGACUGUUUUUCAACUUAUCAGGUACUUUUUUAUAUUCGCAUUUGAUAUUCGAAUCUUCUGUGGAUAUGUGGAAAGCUUUUAAAGGUUCGACGAUUUCAUAUGAGAAUCAAACAGGUAAAAUACCAGUUGGAAAACGAAGAUUUAAAGAUAGGUUAUUGAGACAUACUAAACAGGUUACACUGCACUCUCAUGGUGACGACGAUGACGAUGACGAUGAUGAUGAGGACGAGAAUAAUUCUCGGAUGGGAGGAGAUCAUGAUGGUGCACAAAAAGAAGAAGAUUAUUUUGGUAAUUUCAAGCAACUGAAUUUACUAUCCCAUUCAAGGAACUCGUCUGUAAACACGAUCAAAACGACCCCAAACCCCGCAACACCAAUAAAUACUCCCACACCAAACUUAGACACAUGUCCACCUAUCUCAUUGAAUGCUAUCAUGCCAAAAUUAGAUACGUUAAGGAUCAUCUUGACUGAUGCGUUUGAUUAUCAUCUUUUGUUUUGUCCAAGAUACGGUACACCUUGCCCCUUACUAGAAGGCGGUUUGAAGUUGAAUAAAUUAGUUGUAGUAGGUGCAAGAUCACCCUUGGUUGUUUUACCUGUCGCUUUUCCAUCCCACCAGAUCUCAGGUCCGGUAAACUCGAGUAAAUUGACUUCACCCUUGUUGUCCCCUCCCUCUUCUUAUACAAGCGGUCAUAGUCAUGUUUAUAAUCAUAAAUUCAACACAUCAACAUCAUCAACAUCAUCAACCACUCCGACAACUCAAAAAUCGACGAAUGGUUUACCGAUAGGACUACAGGAAUUAGUAAUUAUCUUACCUAGUGGAAGGUCAUACGAUGCCAAGGAUUAUGAAGGCUAUCAACAUGUUUUCUAUCAUCGAGAAAAUCUAAAUAGAAUCGAGAAAUUAUCCAUUGUAUUCUUGACAUCAUCAUCUCCAUCAUCAGGAUCAGUAGGACCAAGGAAUAAACGGCCUUCUCCUUGGCAAAUAGCGUUCUACGAUUCCCGUCCAGCUUCAUCUUCAUAUUGGACAAGUUAUCUUUGUUUGGCUGAAGAUAUCACCAUAGCGAUACUGGCUAUACCGAAAGAAGCGAAUAUCGAUAUUGUCGGAAUCGAAAAUAUAGAUGGCGAAUUACUGAAUAUGGGUAUAGGAGUAAUGAAAGAUGGUAGAGUAGGUAAAGUUAUGGAAGAAAGAUUAAGGAGACAAAUGGAAAUCAGAUUAAAAGCGAAAGGAAGAGACAAUGAGAUUGAGAUUCGAACGAAAAACUUGAAUAUCAGAACUUUGAAAGAUUGGUUGAUCGAUGAUGGGAAAGAAGAUUUGGGUGAGGAAGGGUUGAGAGAAUUGGGUAAAGAAGGUUGGAAGGAAUAUCGCUAA